AUGACUGCAUUACUUAUUGGCGAUUCUAACAGAACACGGCCAAACUCUUUCCUUCUCUCCCAUCUUACUCGCAGAGGCGUUGGCCCUGGUAUGAUUAUCGUACUUCCUGAUGGCCUUUCAGGUCAGCUAAUCGAGGAUCACUCUGCCCCUCCGCCUUCCGUAAAGUGGGCUGAGGAGGGAUAUACUGUCAUCCAGAUAUGUGAAUCUGCCCUCAGCCAGGAAACCGUGUUGUGCCAGGCGGUAGAGGAAUUGGCGCAACAUGACAAGUGCACGCCAAACGACAUUAUUGGUCUUAUAGGACUAUUGCUUAUUGAGACCGCAGCAUAUGGCUUUCAUCUAUGGGAAGGCCUGAAAUCUCUUCCCGGCAUCGAGAGAAUCACGGCAGCUGUUGUGUACGCGGCAGCAAGCAACGCAACUCAAUUGAUCUCAAGCGGCAUUCCCACAAUGUACCAUCUAGCUGGGAAAGCGGAUACACCAUUACAAAGAGCAUUCAGUACAAUGCAAUAUGACUAUCCAAACAUAGAAAGCCAGUUCUUUGCCCUCCCAAAUUCUACCGCAUUCGAUUAUGCCACGGAGGGAGUCUCACAUACGCGAAGCUUGACCUUCCUAAAAAAGCACAUGAAUGGCCCAUUCUUCGACCUAGAGGUUAUCUGGGAAGAACAUACUUAUUUUGAAUUCGACAAUCGAUCAGUUGAGCAAACAAUGGCAACAAUGUCAUUAGUGUCUCAAUUCAACCGGCUGACGGAUUGUCUGAAGAUGACGGGCGGGAUUGGCCGUGAUGAGCUCACCAGAUUCUAUCGCGACCAUUUCAUUUUCAACAACCCCCCAGAUACCAAGAAUGAAUUGAUAAGUCGGACUAUCGGUAUUGAUCGGGUAGUUGAUGAGUUUAUAAUGACUUUCACACAUGAUUCUGAAGUCGAUUGGUUAAUCCCUGGGAUCCCACCAACCGGCCGCAAGCUGGAGAUCCCGUUCAUGGCAGUGGUCAAUAUCCGAGGAGAUCGCCUUUACCACGAACACAUCACCUGGGACCAAGCCACUGUCCUCAAGCAGCUGGGCCUUAUGCCAGAGUUUCUACCAUUUCCAUAUCCACUUACUGGUGGGAAGAGGCCGGCCACGGAAGAAGCUUUGAAGUUCGAGCACCGGUUGCAGGGGCUGAGACAGCAGCAAAAAUGCGUCAUAAGAGCUCUGUUCCGUCAAACGAAUUGUUCGAGGGGUCCAUCCGGGAAGUUUGAUUUUGUGCCUCUAUUCGAUUAUGCCCUAGAAAGGAUUGUCCCUAAUCUAGUCCAACAAGUGACGCUGUUGCUGCUUAGGCGAACGUUAUUUCUUCAAGAAUCAAUUCUCGUCACACGUGUUGAAGAAUAUACACUUCUUUCCAGACUAGACAUCUUAAUUGUGUGUGAAAUAGAGACUUUGCAGUUAUAA